CAUCUUAAGGAACACAUGAUGAUCCACACUGGAGAGAAACUUUACACAUGUGAUCAAUGUGGCAAAUCAUUUUUGAGGGCAUCAGACCUGACGAAACACCUGAAAAUUCAUACAAAUGAGAAGCCGCAUUCAUGUUAUUUGUGUGGAAAGAGUUUUUCAUGUCUACAAAGUUUAAAAGUACAUCAGAAAACACACACUGGUGUGAGAGACUACAUGUGCUUUGAGUGUGAAAAGACUUUUACUUCAGCAAACACUUUAAAACUGCAUGAGAGGAUUCACACUGGAGAGAAACCUUACAAGUGUUCACAAUGUGACAAGAGAUUCAGUCAGGCAGCACAUCUGAAAAGACACGAGAGGAUCCACACUGGAGAAAAACCUUACAAGUGUUCACACUGUGACAAGAGAUUCAGUUGGUCAACACAUCUAAAAACACACGAGAGGAUCCACACUGGAGAAAAACCUUACAAGUGUUCA